AACAUGUCGUGGGUUAAAUCCGUUUCGGUCAGCGGGGAUGAUGUCUUCGACGAUGAUGCGGAUGACAUCAGUUUACAAAACAAAGAGUGGAAGCACAACAUGGAGAAACGAGUCAAGGAUGGUUACGUGGAGGGCAUCGACACGGCGAAAGCACAGUUUCUUCAGGUCGGCUUCAACUUGGGGUACCGAGAAGGAGCCUUGAAGACGGUGGCCCUCGGCCGUCUCAAAGGGAUCGUGAGUGCCAUCCAGUGUUGGUGCCAGCAGAGGCCGGCGCCCCUCAACUCCACCCCGGUGUCGGUGAGCGGCUUGCUCCAGCGAGUGGUCCAGCACGAGGAGAGACUGAUGAAGGAGAUGAGGCAAGCGCUGGAGAAGCCCCCUGUGACCGCCAGCACCGUCUCCGAUAGCCUGGAAGACCUGGGGGUCCACCCCGGGGAGGAGGAAGGCGGCCGGGGACCAGGAGGAAAGGACGACGGGUCGGCUGGAGGAUUAGGUGGAGGAGAAGGAGGCGGAUGUUGUGGGGGAGGGGGAUGUGGAGGAGAAGGUGGUGAAGGAGGAGGAUGUGGACAAAAAGGAGGAGAUGGUAGCGGAGGAGGAGGAUGCAAUAAGACAGACUGCUGCCAGAAAGGAGGAGAAGAAAAGAUGGAGCAAGAACCUUGUUUGAAGGUUUCCUCCUCCUCCAUUUCCUCGUUCUCCUCCUCCAGGAGUUUUGACUCCAGAGAGAGCCUUCUCGAGCUCCUGCGGGCGUGCGAGGACCUUGUGGAUGAGCUGGGGUUACCACGGGAACUAAUUGUGCAACUGCAGUCGUUGAGGAGCACAGCGUGAAAAUAAACACCGAUGAUGAUGUUUUGUUUACAUUAUAAUUUUUUACAAUACUUCUUAUGUGUGUGUAUUUUACUGUCUAUUGAAUCCUGAUUUAUAAAGUUACGGGGUCACAUAGUGAACAUUUGAAGCCGUUUAGUGAACUCUAGUUGUAUCUACUUUCUGAAGAGUAGCAGAGAAUUAAUGAAAAUAAAACAAAACUUGAUGAAAGUUAUUAUAGUACAGCAAAAUUACAUUUGUUAAUUCAAGGUUUUCAGUCUGAUUCAAUCUGAAUCAAUACCAAAUUACCAAUCACGAAAAAGCAGAUUAAAACAAAUGAUUCAGUGGUAAUAAUACCCGCUGGGAAUACUUUUGCUCUCAAGGUUUUGUGUACUGACACAAAUCACACUGCUAGUUCUACUACUACAACAUAAUACUGGAACAAAAAUAAAACACCAUCAAACUUUUAUUAUUAACAU